AUGAUCUCCUUAUACAAUAAAAAAUUACCGUCACCUCCAAAUAUUCAUUUAGAAAGUGCAAUUUUUCAUUAUUUGAACGAAUAUCCUAAACUCAAAAUAUUGAUAAUUAUACCAUCAUUAAGUCAAUGUAUUAGAGUACAUAACACCAUAGCUAGCUCUUUAUCCAGAAAAAUACAAGUUGUAGAUGCUAAAAAUAAUGAAAUUAAAGAUGACACUAAAAUAAUUAUAGAUACAUCUGUUUGGGAUGCGGGUCAUACUUGGUCAGGUUGCCAGUUAGUCAUUGAUUCGGGUUUAUCUAUGGGAAAAGUUAAUGGUAAGUUCAUAACAAGGGAAUCAAGCCAUGCCAUUGAAAUUCAAAGAGCAGGUAGAACAGGUCGAACAAAUGAUGGUCUUUCUCAACAAUCGGAUGCAGAUAUGUCAUAUAGAUUAUUAUUAGGUGGUCAUUUUAAUCAAAAUACCUAUCAUUUCGCUAAAAAUCCUCCAACAACUCCACUUGAGAAUAUCUGGAUAGCACUCAAUAAUUAUAAAAUUAAUACAGGGCCCUUUCAACAAAAUAUGUUUAGAUUAGAUAGUGAAUUACAUAUGUUCUAUUACCAUUUUUCAAAAUCUAGUAGUUAUGCUAGGUAUGAAUAUACUAUGAGUACAAAUAUUAAAAACAAGUACCCACCUGCUAAAAAGGUAGCCAAUAAACCACCAUCUAAAAGGAGUGUAGGAGCUUUAUUUGCAACUUCAACUGAUGAAAUGAAUUUGCAAAUUAAAAUGAUAAAAG